GCCACCAUCGUUCUCAAGAGUUCAACGUCACAAAUUCUUCUAAGAUGGCUCUCUAGAUCUCUCAUGAAUCGUGAUCCUUUCAGGCCUCUGGCACGAUGGGUAUCUCGCGGGACCACUGGCAUAAGAGAAGGGCCACCGGUGGCAAGAGGAAACCUAUCAGAAAGAAGAGGAAAUUUGAAUUAGGACGUCCAGCUGCAAAUACUAAACUCGGUCAGAGAAGAAUUCACACGGUUCGUACUCGUGGAGGAAACAAAAAAUACAGAGCACUCCGUUUGGACACCGGAAACUUUUCAUGGGGCUCAGAAUGUACCACCCGAAAAACGCGUAUUAUUGACGUGGUUUACAAUGCUUCAAACAAUGAACUAGUUCGAACUAAGACAUUGGUGAAGAAUGCGAUCGUUACGAUCGAUGCUACACCAUUUAGACAAUGGUACGAAGCGCAUUAUGCAUUUCCUUUGGGACGCAAGCGGGGUGCAAAACUGACAGAAGCUGAGGAAGAAGUUUUGAAUAAGAAGCGGUCAAAGAAAACCGAAGCUAAGUACAAGUCUAGACAAAGAUUUGCAAAGGUCGAACCAGCUCUCGAGGAACAAUUCUCGACAGGACGUGUUCUCGCUUGCGUAGCGAGCAGGCCUGGACAGUGUGGUAGAGCCGAUGGCUACAUUCUCGAGGGCAAGGAACUCGAGUUUUACAUGAGAAAGAUUAAGAGCAAAAAAGCCAAGUAAAUUUGUAUCACUUAAUACAUUAAUAAAAGUUGCGUAAGAAAAGUGGCAUCAAGUUAUUGUAUCACCCGCUACAAAAAUUUGUAUUAAAACAAGUUACGUAUUAGUCUCGGUACGAAAAGUUUUAUUUCUUCUUUAACGUGACAGCCCUUACCUCUUUAUUCUAAUUAUUUCGCUUUUACUUUUACCAUAACUAUUCAAUUUUAUAAAUUGUACAGCAUUUUCCAGAACAACUGCUCGAUACUAUCCAACUAAUGAUACAUAUGACCUUCGAAUGUAAAGAAAUAUAGACGUACGUUGUUACGAAAUGA